CGGAUACGAAGUCAUUAACUUCUUUGCCUUCCUUUGAAAUGGCAUCGGGAAACUGCUACCAACAAUUACGAAAACAACGCUGUAUAUUUCCCUGAUCUCAUUCGCAGUUAUACUCGUCACCGUCCCCGCCACGGCGUGAACGCAUGCCGACGACAAAUGCGUCCUUGUGACCUUCAAGAACCCCACUGGUUAGAUGUCCGAUGGUACCACAUUUUUAGUUGGUCUCAUCCACCAGAACUGGGUGUUUGCCUAUCUCAACAGUGCGACUCAUCUCGCCGAGGAAGUCCAUAAGCUGGAACGGAUCAUUCCAAUCGCCAUCUUAUGCACUGUGCUCCUUGGCUUUGUGACCAGUUGGUUCUGUAUUUGGAUGUUUUUCAGCGUGACAAACCUCGAUGAGUCCUCGAACCACCAACAGGCGUGCCCAUUCUAGCGCUUUUCUAUCAAGCCCUGCAGAACAAAGCGGGUGCCAUCGUGCUCGAAUCUCUCAUCCUGGUGACAAGGAUUGGGUGCCAAAUUGCCUGCUAGACCUGGCACAGCCGCUUGUGCGGGAGCUUGGCGCGCGAUCACGGCCUGCCGAUUUCUGUGUUCCUGGCCAAGGUCCACCCGACGCCUUGAUGUGCCGUUGGACGCACACAGUGUUUCGUCCUUUAUUGAGGGACUCCUCGGACUUUUUUUAUCUGGGAUCCUUGACGGCGUUUAACAGCAUGGUCACCGCAUGCAUUGUGUUGUUGUAUAUGUCCUACGUGGUUCCAAUUGUCUGCCUCUGCAAGGGCUGGGAGAUUAUCCCGCAUGGCCGGUUCUGGCUACGGAAGCUUGGCUUCGUGCGCAACUGGAUCGUCCUGGCGUGGACCCUGUUUUGCCUGGUGAUCUACAGCUUUCCGGCUGUAUACCCGGUCAAUGCGGGAAGUAGGC